AUGUCGCGUGUGAUAGUCAAGGGAUUGCCCAUUUACCUCGAGGAGGCGCGGCUCCGCGCACACUUCCUGAAGAGGCUGCAGCAGCAGGGCCGGGGGAGCGAGGACCAGAUCACAGACGUCAAGAUCGUGAAAGACAAGUCCGGGAACUCCCGGCGGUUUGCAUUCAUCGGGUACAGGUCGGAGCAGGAUGCGUUUGACGCGAUAGAGUACUUCAACGGGUCGUUCAUCGACACGGCGCGGAUCGAGGUGGCCAUGGCGAAGAGCUUCGCGGACCCGCGGGUUCCGACGCCGAUGCGCGAGAAGAGGCGAGAGGCGCUCAAGCGGCUGCGCGAGCGCGAGGACCGGAUACUGGCGGAGAAGCGCCAGAAACAGACAAAGCCGCAGCACGGAAUAGACGCGGAGAUCUCGAAGAACAAGCAGCUGCAGGAGUUCAUCGAGACGAUGAACCCGAAGAUGGCCGCCGCCGCCGCGAACCCGAUGGCGCGCGCGGCGGAGCAGCCGGCAUCCGCGAACCCGCUGCUCAGUGCGCUGCACGGGGCAGAGGACGACGAGGAGGUGGACAUGUUCCAGCUGUCCGAGCAGGAGAGCGACGACGAGUACACGGACCUGCACCAGAGACCGCAGAGCGCAGAGGAGGACGAGCUGGAAGAGCCGGCCGUGGGCCAGGACCUGGACGCGGCGCCGGCUCCGGACGCCGCGGAGGACGGCAUGGCUACCAACCAGGAGGUGUCCGACCUCGAGUGGCUCAAGAACCGCCGGAUCCGUAUCAGAGACGGCGAGGACGCGGAGGCCGCACCUGCCCCGCAGGAGCAGGCGGCGGAGGAGCCUGCUGAGCAAGAGGUGCCCCAGGAGGACGAGGUCUCAGCAGAGGAAGCGGCGCUAACUAAAAUCAGGGCGACCGGGCGUCUGUUUCUGAGAAAUAUCCUUUACGACGCCACGGAGGAGGACUUCAAGCAGCUCUUCAGCCCGUACGGGGAGCUAGAGGAGGUGCACGUUGCAGUAGAUACGCGUACCGGGCAGUCCAAGGGCUUUGCAUAUGUUUUGUUCAAGGACCCGGAACACGCUGCGAACGCAUAUAUCGAGCUGGAUAAACAGAUCUUUCAGGGCAGACUUCUCCAUAUUCUCCCAGCAGACGCCAAGAAAACUCACAGGCUGGAUGAAUUCGAUCUGAAGAACUUGCCCUUGAAGAAGCAGCGGGAACUCAAGAGGAAGGCCACGGCUGCGCAGCAGACCUUCUCCUGGAACUCGUUGUUCAUGAACCAGGACGCCGUCCUCUCCAGUGUGGCGGCCAAGCUGGGCAUGGAGAAGUCGCAGCUGAUUGACCCGGAGAAUAGUGGCUCUGCAGUCAAGCAGGCUUUAGCAGAGGCACAUGUUAUCGGCGAUGUCAGGAAAUAUUUUGAAGCACGCGGUGUCGACUUGACCCAGUUUGAGAAGUUCAAGAAGGUCACUGAACGCGACGACCGCAUUAUUCUGGUAAAGAACUUCCCUCAUGGUACCACUCGCGAGGAGCUAGCGGAGUUAUUCCUCCCUUUUGGGAAGAUAGAAAGGCUGCUGAUGCCCCCAAGUGGCACCAUAGCGAUAAUCCAAUACCGGGACGUACCAGCUGCUAGAGGAGCUUUCACCAAACUUUCGUACAAGCGUUUCAAGGAAGCGAUUCUGUAUCUGGAGAAAGGUCCAAAGGACUGCUUCUCUAGGGAGCCUCGGGGCGAUGAGCUACUAGAAGGCGAUGCCGCACCGGAAGAUGUGAAGGAGAUUAAAAAGAGUGUCGAGGACGUGAUGGAUGCAGACUCCAAAACUCCUUCUUCCGAGGCCACCGCGAUCGAUGGGCCUACCGUGUCCAUAUUCGUCAAAAACCUCAACUUCUCCACGACUUCUGCUCAACUGGCGGAAAAGUUCAAGCCCUUCUCCGGGUUCGUUGUGGCCCAGGUUAAGACUAAGCCAGAUCCAAAAAAUAGCGAUAAGAAGCUCUCCAUGGGCUUCGGAUUUAUUGAAUUCCGUACUAAAGAGCAGGCGGGGGCUGUGAUCGCAGCGAUGGAUGGCGCGGUCAUCGAUGGCCAUAAGAUUCAGCUCAAAAUAUCUCAUAAGCAAAGCAGUCUCCCCAAGACCAGCAAAGGGUCCAAAAAGAAGAUUAGCGGCAAAAUUAUUGUCAAGAACUUGCCAUUUGAAGCUACAAGGAAGGACGUAUUCGAGCUGUUCAGUUCUUUUGGCCAGCUAAAAUCGGUCAGAGUACCCAAAAAGUUCGAUAAGUCUGCCAGAGGUUUCGCCUUCGUUGAAUUCCUACUACCGAGCGAAGCAGAGAACGCAAUGGACCAGUUACAAGGUGUGCAUUUGCUCGGUCGUAGGCUGGUAAUGCAAUACGCGGAACAAGAAUCUGAUGAUGUGGAGGAGCAAAUUUCGAAGAUGACAAUGAAGAUGAAAAAGCAGGCUGCCGUUAGUAAGAUGGGAGCGCUGCGCAACAGUGGUAAGCGGAAAAUAGAUAUGAGCGAUGAUGAGAACGAUGGGUUAAACGGAUUUUAG